AUGGUCCAGCCAAUAAAAACGAGAUCGAAUGCUAAGAAUGGUCAACUAGUGAAUACAAAAUCAGAUGAGGAUGAUGAUGAGGAUGAUGAUGAUGAUAAUACAUUCAAGGACGGUAAGCUUGUAACAGCUCCGACAACUUCGAACUCUUUCUCUUCUUUCUUACCACCUCUAUCCGAUCACACAUAUUCUAUGUCUGAAAAUGGGGGGAAACCCUCCCGUCCCAGCCGUUCCACCCACCGACGCCUGACCACCCUCGGCGACGCCUUUAACGCAAAUUGCCACGUGGAGGAUCACCGUUCUCCUUUCUCUUCCGCUUCCAAGGACUUCGUCCGCUCGGUAGUCGUAACCGCUCCUGGUUCCCGAACCCAAUACUCCAUCCCUAACUCCUCAGCAUCCUUCACUCCGUCUACCCCCGCUCCUUCUGCGCCACCUAGACGUCCUCAUCCCAAGGACGAUGACGCUUUCCUUCGGCAGAACAAUAGCACUCUACCCGCCAAGGCCCCUCUGCAACAUCGCUCCGCCUGA